AUGCCGCGAGUCCGUCUUAGCGGCAGCGAGAAGCCACCGGAGGGAUGGGAUCUCAUUUCUCCUCCGCUGCUGGAGUUCGAGCGGCAAAUGAGGGAGAUCGAGAAUGAGCCGCAUGAAGGAAAACGCAAGUGUGAAGCCACGUGGCCAAUCUUCAAGCUUCAUCAUCAACGAUCGCGAUACAUCUACGAAUGCUACUACAAGAGGAAAGCCAUUUCCCGAGAGCUGUACGACUAUUGCGUGAGAGAAGGCUGGGCAGAUGCACGACUGAUUGCCAAGUGGCGAAAGGAAGGCUUCGAGCGUCUUUGCUGCCUGCGCUGCAUUCAAACCUCCUCCACCAACUUCGGCACGACUUGCAUAUGUAGGGUGCCGAAGCACGAGCUGCCUCCAGACAAAAGAGUGGUACAGUGUAUCCACUGCGGGUGCGGUGGUUGCGCUAGCGGCGAUUAG